ACCUUCGAAAUGUCUUUUGUUUUUGAUGUUGUCCAGCAAAUUGUGUUGCGGAAAGCCUAUGAUUUAACAUGCGAGGCAGCCAUUCUGGCCUUAAGAAAAUGUGGCAAUCUGAGAAUAGAGGAUGAUAAGUCAAACGUAAGAAAAGGAACGCAAUUGCCUGUGCCUCCUGUCAAGCCUACUUCCCAAGACGUGGUUUCACCACUAAAGAAACCUCCCCUGCCAGAGAUUAACAGAACCGUAAAAUAUGUGGGACGGGAUAUCCCUCGAAAGAAUUGCGGCUCCAUCGAUCCCCCCCAGUGCUCCUGUAUGCGUGUGUGCCGGGAUAGCUACUUCUCCUAAACAAGGAACAUAAUCCGCAGUUUAAAAACAUUUGCAACUUUAAUAGAAUAGGAAAUAGCAAAAUUUCAAGG